UACCAUGUUUAUAGUAGUUACAUCAUCGUUGAGUAACAUAACAAAAUAACUACGACGCAUUAAAAAUUCCGUGAUGUUUCGUAUUAGCAAGUUUAAUAUUUUCGUGUAAUUAUACCAUUGAGAUAAUAUUAACAUUCGAAUCGAAUUGCGACCUACAUUCACCGUGGUAUUGAAAGGGAUUGCAAAAAAAAAUAUAAAAUGAAAUAAAGGUGGGGGAAUUUUCGGGCAAAGGUGGAAAUACGACAAGGAGAAAGAAAAGAACUGACCACCUCGCGAGCCGUGAUGGAUUGAGAUAGUUCCGCGUGGUUGUUACGAAAUCCCACGUGCUCGUGGGGAUAGCCAAGUAAUCAAGGCUGCGGAUUAAUAUGACGCAUACGCGGAUAAACGAGACGGGAUAUUGUCGGUGAUUUACAAAUACAAGCUUUCCGGGGAGCACAGACAACAGGUGACAGGAGCACCAGUUGAGUAGGAUAUCUCAGCAUCUAACACCAGAAAUAUGGCGACUCGGAAACUCAUACUCGCAGCUGGGGCCAGCGCUGUGGGUGCCGGAGUACUCACUUCUCAUUACUUCCUCACAGACUCAAACACCGUCUUCGCUGAGAAACAAGUAACAAGACCUCAGAAACGUCCACUUCCUUCUAGAGAUGAUCAACUCAAGAGUCUCAAAUCAGAAAGUUUCGACGUACUGAUUAUUGGCGGAGGUGCUACUGGAGCAGGAUGUGCACUUGAUGCGGCGACUCGAGGCUUGAAAACCGCCCUUGUUGAAGCUGAUGAUUUUGCCUCUGGCACCUCGUCACGAAGUACAAAACUUAUCCAUGGUGGAGUUCGUUACUUACAAAAAGCAAUAAUGCAAUUAGAUGUCGAGCAGUACAGAAUGGUGAAAGAGGCACUCCACGAACGUGCAGCUAUGCUUCACAGUGCUCCACAUCUCGCUCAUCCUCUUCCCAUCAUGUUACCCGUUUACACAUGGUGGCAGAUUCCCUAUUACUGGUUUGGGAUAAAAAUGUAUGAUGUGGUUGCUGGAAGCAAGACUGUAAAGUCAUCGUAUUACCUGAGCAAAUCGAACGCCCUCGAACUAUUCCCUAUGCUGAAAGGCGAUAAAUUGACCGGGGCAAUUGUCUAUUACGAUGGGCAGCAAGAUGACGCGAGGAUGAACCUGGCGGUUGCUCUUACAGCCGCAAGACACGGAGCUACCGUAGCGAACCAUGUCAGUGUCGUCAAUCUCCUAAAGGGACUCGAUAUUGAUGGCAAAAGAGUUUUGGUCGGAGCACAUCUCAGAGAUGAGCUUACUGGUGAGGAGUGGGACGUCAAGGCAAAGGCAAUAAUCAACGCUACUGGUCCAUUCACCGAUCACAUUCGUAAAAUGGACGAUCAAACCGUUAAGGAAAUCUGCUGUCCCUCUUCCGGAGUCCACAUCGUUCUUCCUGGAUAUUACAGCCCUGAUCAGAUGGGUCUUCUAGAUCCAGCGACGAGCGAUGGUCGUGUGAUCUUUUUCUUGCCUUGGCAAAAGCAGACAAUAGCUGGGACGACGGAUCUCCCCUGUCAGGUGACCCACAAUCCCCGUCCGACAGAAGAUGAAAUCAUGUUUAUCCUCCAAGAAGUAAAAAAUUAUCUCAAUCCCGAUGUUGAGGUCAGACGAGGCGACGUUUUAUCCGCUUGGAGUGGAAUUCGCCCCCUUGUCUCUGAUCCUAACAAGCCCAACACCCAAUCCCUUGCCAGGAAUCACAUUGUCCAUGUCAGUCCGACAAAUCUUGUAACGAUUGCGGGAGGUAAAUGGACUACGUACAGAGCUAUGGCAAUGGAAGCUAUUGACGCAGCCGUGGACGCGUGCAAACUCAAGCCUACUUCUGGGUGUCAGACUGACGGAAUGCUACUGGAAGGUGCUCAUGGAUUUACUCCGACAAUGUACAUUAGGCUUGUCCAGGACUUCGGCCUCGAGUGCGAAGUCGCUCAGCACUUAGCUCAGAGCUAUGGUGACCGAGCUUUUGCCGUUGCAAAGAUGGCAGCGCUGACGGGCAAGCGAUGGCCAAUUAUUGGCAAAAAAAUUCACCCCGAGUUCCCAUACAUUGAUGCUGAGAUUCGAUACGGCGUACGAGAAUAUGCAAGGACAGCUAUCGAUAUGAUUGCGCGAAGGUUGCGACUGGCUUUUCUGAACGUACAGGCAGCCCAGGAGGCACUGCCUGGUAUAAUUGACAUAAUGGCAGAGGAGCUUCACUGGUCGGCAGAGGAGAAAGCUAAACAAGCUAAAGAGGCGAGCGAAUUCUUAGCAAACGAGAUGGGUCAGAUGGUGAACCGAGCAUCGCGAGAUAAGAUCCCUAUCAACCUGACUAAGGAUGAGAUCCAGUUGUACAUAAAACGUUUCCAAAUCAUCGACAAGGAUAGGAAAGGAUACGUGUCGAUAAAUGACAUAAGAAGAGGUUUGAAGCUCUUCGGCGAUAAGGAAGUACCUGGCGAGGAACUUCAUGAAAUCUUGCGCGAAAUCGACACUAACAUGAACGGUCAAGUCGAACUGGAUGAAUACUUGCAGAUGAUGUCUGCCAUAAAAUCAGGACACGUUGCCUAUUCACGGUUCGCUCGAAUGGCGGAAAUGGAAGAAGCGCAGCACGAGCAGGACAUACUUAAGAAGCAGAUAAGCGUUGAGAGAUCAGGAGGCGGACUUUAGAGCCUCGCAGAGUCGCUUGAAUCCUCUAAAACUCGCGUAAUUGCAUCUGUUACUUGUGGUAUCAACAUACACCGCUCUCCUUCUCUAACGCUUCUCUGAAUACUCCAACCCUCUGAAGUAUUGGAGAAAAUUAGAUCGCGUCGCGAGUUCAAAGAGAGAAUUACCGCGUAUAGUAAUUAUUCAUUAUUUAUGAACAAGUCGUCACUUCGAAUAAGUCGAGCCACCCAACCGUAUUACAUAGAUAAUUAUUUAUUCCAAAAAUGAAAAUUGUUGAAAUAUGUAUAUUUGUUAGGUAGAAAAUAUUGAAAAACGGCGACAUAUUUAUUUUAUUUAUUCAUUUUCUUCUCGUCAAUUGCUCCUAAUUCUAUGAGUAAUUUUCAAAGAAGAUGCAACAUGAAGCAGCAACAACAAUUCAAUGUGUAAGAGAUAUUGAUAUUUAUUUGUAAGUGAGAUUUUGUGACGCAUACAAUUGUUGGUGCAAUAUAGUCUAUCUAAAACAAA